AUGGCGAAACACACAGCAAAUGGCGAGGCCAAGGAGAAUCCCUACUUGAGCCAUCGCGCCCCACACGAGCGUAUGAGUGGAUCCUCAGGUAAGAAUCCUAUGGAGGGGCUUGUUUGGCGUCAAGUCACAGGCAAGCAGGCACGCCGUGUGCUGGACGCCGACGUGAAUCCAUUCGCCAACGGCGGUUUGCGUCCCUACUCGGCGAGCUACAAAAAAAUUUUGCAGAAGCGCAAAGAGCUUCCGGUAUAUGCACAGAUGGAAGAAUUUUAUGAAAAGUUUAACAACAAUCAAAUUAUGGUCAUGAUUGGCGAGACGGGCAGUGGCAAGACGACGCAAAUCCCACAGUUUGUCGCGCUCACAGACUUGGAGCAACAUCGUGGAACAGCAAGUGGUCAAGCACCCAAGAUGAUUGCAUGCACACAGCCUCGUCGUGUGGCUGCGAUGAGUGUUGCCAAACGUGUUGCGGAAGAGAUGGAUCUCACACUGGGCAACGAGGUCGGUUACACAAUUCGAUUUGAAGACAUGACUGACCGCUCUACCUUUUUGAAAUACAUGACGGAUGGUAUGCUUUUGCGCGAAGCUAUGAACGAUCCGAAUCUGUCGCGGUACAGCACCGUGAUUUUGGACGAGGCCCACGAGCGCACACUGGCCACUGACAUUCUUAUGGGCCUGCUCAAAGACGUAGCGAAGCGCCGGCCAGACCUCAAGAUUAUUGUCAUGAGUGCUACGCUCGACGCCAUCAAGUUCCAAAAGUAUUUCAACAAUGCACCACUGCUCAAGGUCCCUGGACGCACUUUCCCUGUCGAGAUAUUUUACACGCAGGAGCCGGAGAAGGAUUACGUCGAAGCAGCGAUCCGUACUGUGCUCAUGAUUCACCAGGCGGAGGAACCAGGCGAUAUUCUCGUUUUCCUUACCGGUGAAGAUGAGAUCGAGGAUGCGUGCCGCAAGAUUCGCAACGAGGCCGAUAAGCUCCUGGACGAAGAACCGGAUCUUUGUGGGCCACUCAAGGCUGUUCCACUCUACUCUUCUCUUCCUCCCGCGCAGCAGCAACGUAUUUUUGAUGCGGCGCCGCAGCCCGCUCGCGAAGGCGGUCCGCCGGGACGCAAGGUGGUUGUGAGCACCAACAUUGCCGAGACGUCGUUGACGAUUGACGGAAUUGUAUAUGUCGUCGACCCGGGCUUCAGCAAACAAAAAGUGUACAAUCCGCGUAUUCGUGUCGAGUCGCUCUUGGUAAGCCCCAUUUCCAAGGCCUCCGCGCAGCAGCGCGCCGGUCGUGCCGGUCGUACGCGGCCUGGAAAAUGCUUCCGUCUCUACACGGAGAAGGAUUGGGCCGCGGAACUCAUCGAGCAAACAUACCCAGAAAUUUUGCGCAGCAACCUGGCCAACACCGUGCUGGAGCUCAAGAAACUGGGCAUCGACAACCUCGUCACAUUCGACUACAUGGAUCCGCCAGCGCCGGAAACGGUCAUGCGGGCGCUCGAGAUGCUCAACUAUCUUGGCGCAUUUGACGAUACUGGCAAUCUGACUCCUUUGGGCGAAAUGAUGGCCGAGUUUCCGCUCGAUCCGCAGCUUGCAAAGAUGCUUAUUACCUCGCCCGAGUUCCGUUGCUCCAACGAAAUCUUGUCGAUAGCAGCCAUGUUGUCCGUGCCGAGCGUGUUUGUGCGCCCAAGCCAGAGUUUGCAGCGCCAGCAAGCCGAUGCAGCGCGAGCGGAAUUUGCAUACCCCGACGGAGAUCACUUGACGCUUUUAAAUGUGUACCAUGCCUACAAAAACAACGCUGUUGAUUUCUCGACAGGCGCCGAUUGGUGCUGGCAGAACUAUUUGUCGCACCGUGCCUUAAUCCAGGCGGACAAUGUUCGCCAGCAGCUGCAGCGCACCAUGGAGAAAUUCGAUUUAGACCUAGUGUCGCUGCCUUUUGAGGACAAGCGGUAUUAUACCAACAUUCGCCAGGCCAUUGCUUGUGGCUUUUUUAUGCAGGUUGCACACAAGUCUGGCGGGGGCAGCGGCAAAAGUGCUUACACUACGGUGAAAGACAACCAAGUCGUUGCGCCUCACCCGUCCACAUCUCUGGACCACAUGCCCGAAUUUUUGGUGUACCAUGAGUUUGUGCUUACGACGCGCAACUUUAUCCGCACUGUAACCGAAGUGCGCCCCGAGUGGCUUUUGGACUUUGCGCCUGCAUAUUAUGAUCCCCGUACACUUGAUGGAGAGCUGCGACGCGUGUUUGAGGGCAUCCUCAAGCGUCGCGAAAGCCAAGGGCAUAGCGCAAAAAAACCGCGCCAUUAG